UUUCGGUCUUGGAGCUCUAGUGCACACACGCGUUCUCUUUGCGAUGGAUUAUCGUCAAUAUCAGGCGCAGGAUAACUCGAUGGUGUCGUCAGCGCGCGGCAUGGCGCGGCUUAACGGCAGCAACCGAGCAGCCUGGAACGCCAUGGACCUGCAGAUCGGCGCACAGGUGCCGCCUUCCAAUGCCCGUGGCGCCCCUGAAGACGGCGGCGCAUUAUCCGCCCGCAACGUGUUGCUUCGCCAAAAAUUACAGGAGCGCAAGCGCUACGACUCGGCAGACGACGCCAUGAAGAAGGCGGCGGCGCGCGCUGCGAAUCGGUAUCAGAAUCAAUUGCAACCGAAUCAGACGCCAGUUCAAGCUCCACCAAAGAAUCAGAUUCAGUCGCCGGCAAAGAUCGGCCAAUCGGCCUUCUUCAACGCCAUGCAGAGCGAGAGCCCCAAGCGCAAUGUGCAGCGCAACACGCCCACGGCACAGUACGAGCCUCCAGGAGGCGCCGAACGGGGCCGCAACAUCCUGAUCCAGCGUAAAUUACAGAGCAAGGCGUCGUUCGACUCGGCGGACUAUCAGAUGGCCAGAGCACGGCACAUGGAGGAGGACACUGAAAUGGAGGAUGUGAGUGAAGUAGAGCAGAGACAGGAGGAGGCUGUGAGCUCUCCCUGUGCGUCCACCGUUGCGAAUGCCAGUCGACGUCAGUUCGCCAGUAUGAGUCCCAGUCGAGCUGGCAAGUACGGGGCGCUUGAGAACCGGAAGAAGCCCAGUCGACGCGAUCUGCUUGAAAAGAAGCAGGCAGAAGACCCUGCUAUGGCUGAAAAGUCGCAACAGGCAGGAGGAUCCGACUAUGGCAAGAUGUCGGCCGCUCACGUGCUGAUUCGACGCAAAUUGAAGGAACGGAAGCGCUUUGACUCGGCAGAUUAUGCGAUGGAGCAGCAGGGACAGCCCACUGAUGUGCCUGCUGAUGUCGCCGCUAGCCCUGCUGUUCCUGGCGAGGCAUCCGCGCGAUAUGGCGCGUUGGGUGCUUCGCAGGCAUCCAUUAAUCACCAGGUGAAGCAUAUUAAGCUGUCGGAGGACCCUGGUGGACGUGUGGCCUCGUCAGCCAAAGCCGUGGUUGCAAAUGCUGCACAGGCCGCCUUGGUGGCUCGAGCAGCACGAUACGCGGGUCUGAAAGGCACAGGAGAAGCCAAGCCAAUGCCAAAUAGCAACGCGUCACAAGCGGCGUGCGAUCGCUACGGACUGGACAAGAGUGCGGCGCCCACGGGCGCUGCCGCUGCACGCAAUGUGGUGCUGCAACGCAAGCUGGCAGAGCGCAAGAUCUUCGACUCGGCCGACCACUUCAAGAAAGCCGCGUGAACACAGCGCGCCACAUCACAUCGCGCCGUUGACGGCCACAUUGUAAAAGGAGGUUGAACGGAAGAAGUAAGUAAGUGACGUUUGUAACAGUGAUGGGUCGAGGAGAUAAGAAAGCAAGUGCUAGGCUGGUAGGGCUGUGAAAAGCAGCAUUCAUCUCGAGCAAGGACCAGCAAGUUUUCGGAUACCAGCGACAUUGGCCAUUGCUGGAACUACGCGCAAGAUUGUUGAUUUGCAUGGAUAGUUUUGCAUAAAGUGAAUGAAGAAGUGAAAUAAAAAA